AUGUGGGCGUGAAAUGACCAGGACUGAGCAAACAGAGAUGAAACAAAUGACAAAAUGGAGUUUUUAGACCACUGCAAUGACAAUAGCAAUGAAAUAUGAUAUAGUGAAGCCUCAUCCACUUUACAUCUACUUUACAUUUGGGUGUGAUACUCUGAGAACAGCUCCUGUUCUGCAGUCAGCAAACAGAAGUAAUACAAGUUCAUUUCUAGCUGUGAUCCUAUUUUGAGAAACAUGAUGAGUGAGGGCAAAACUUCUACACCUGAACCAGAGAUCCCUGUCACCAUUGCCAUGUCUUCAGGACUCCUCUUCAAGCAGGAACAGCAGGGCUAUGGCCCUGCCUUCAACUUUGUCAAGGCUCUGAAGGCAGUCAAUGCUGAACUCAGAAACCAUUACCCUGAGAGUGAAGAGCUCUUUAAAGUCAUACUCAUCGAUGACAGCUCAUCAUCAGACUUUCUCAUGGAUCACAUCCGUGAACAUGGGCUGGAAGAACUUAUCACUCUGUUAUCUGUGACUGAAGAUCAGCUUGUGAGUGAGUUAAAAGGAAACAAAACCCACCUGUACCUGUCUGAUGAACCAGGGCUGAAGGUUCAGGAAGCAGUGAAUGAAGGUAUAGCUGCUGCUAUCAUGUUCACCCCAACAAACAUCAUCACAGUGUCUGAGAAUCAGCUGCAUGUUGCCUUUGAUGGCGACGCUGUCCUCUUCUCUAAUGAGUCAGAGCUCGUGUUCAAGAGUGAUGAACUACAAGGAUACUUGAAGAAUGAGAAGCAAAAUGUUGAAAUUCAAAUGAACGAGGGACCAUUCAAAGGAUUCUUAGACGUUUUAAUAAAACUGCAGAAAAAGUUGCAUAAUAAAGGCCUGUACAAGAAGUGUCCCAUUCUGUACCUACCUGGUGACAUCUCGAGGGCAGGCUGUGACGGCUACAGAGCUUUAAACACUCUGCACCGGUGGGGUCUGGAGCUUGAUGAAGCUGUGUUUGUGGGAGGGGCUGACAAAGGUCCUAGCCUGCAGAGGAUCAAACCUCACAUCUUCUUUGAUGACCAGCAGAGACAUGUUGAUGCUGCACUGGAGGUCGGCACAGUGGCAUGUCUGGUGCUCUCACCAAACUAA